UCAGCUUUUUAAGGCCCGACAGUACGCGGUGGGCCGCCGUUGACGCCGGGAGACAGCUGAGCGCUGGCGCAGAGACUGAAACGCUAAAGGCCAGGAUGCAUCUGCAGUUACUACAAGCUGCGCUGUUGCUCCACACGUCUUUCUUGGUCGCACAUGCCGAAGAUGCCUACUUGAUGUGUCCGCCUGGUCCCGUGCCCAGUUUGGAGUACGGGAUCCCAGUCGACGACGCUCCGCCUGCAUCGCCACCUAAGCUUGUUCAUAUAGCAGCUGAUUACUUUGCGGAUGCUAAUAACUGCAGCCACUUCUACCUAUGUCGCGACCUUGACAACGGCGGCUCGUUUGCCUUGCACCAGUACAGGUGUCCAGAUGGCGAGGGAUUUGACACUGACACUCUUCGUUGUUCAGAUGAGUGGCUGUUGCCCCGCUGCGGAGGCUCGGCGCCGCCUGCACUGUACGUUACUGAGCUGACUUAUGGCCCAGAAGGCGCUGAAGAGCUGACAGGGGGUAGGGUAGCGCGCAGUGCUCAGCAUUUCCAGCCUGUCAAACCGGGUGUCAUCGGCAAGCCGGGUGUGCCGGGAAAUCCGGGCAACCCUGGCAAGCCCGGCAACCCGGGCGUUCCGGGGCGGCCGGGGACCCGACCAGGCGAGUUCACACCGCCCAGCGGGCCCGGCAACUUCGGCCGACCUGGCAACUUCGGCAAUCCUGGCUCCUUCACUCCGCCGAAACUGCCCUUCUAUCCCACUUUCCAGAUUCCCAACCCAGGGAAUCCGGGGAAUCCCGGCAAUCCCGGCAAUUUUGGUGGUGUUGGGAAGUGAAGGAUGUUUCCCAGGAAAACUGCGUUAGGGCUUACUGCGUAAGCACAGAGAAUAAACGUUAUUACGCAUAUAAAAGCGA